AGUGGUCACCAGCUCUCGUAACUGUGUGGGCGGCUGCUCAGUCAACGGCGUUUCUCAGAUUUGGUGUUGCUGCCAUCUCCUCUACCGCAGGGCUCCGGCGUGUGUGUGUGUCAGAGCGGGGAGGACUCCCGCCAGGGCGUGAGGAGGGAUGGCCUACCAGUACUAUAUUGAAGAUGACUACUGGUACUCCACGAGAUGCGAGGACAAUGUGUCCUCCUUCUCCGUUGAAUUGGGUUCAGACCCCAGUACGGGAUUGAAUCGCAAUACGAGGUACAUGGUUCUGAUAGCUCUGAACAUUGCUGUCAGCAUCCUCAUCUGUGUCUUCCUCCCAUACGACAUAUUCCUGACCCAGUCAUUAUACAAGAUGAUGUCUCUAGGUUGGGCCACGGACGAGCUGGAGGAUCGUUACAGAAGAAUCUGUCCUAAUGACCCUCUCAACCAGGCCGUAUUUGGGGGCGUCACUGUUCAAGAUCAGCUGAAGUCCCUCCAGCAGCGCCAGCAGCAGCAACUGCGCCGCGCCCCGACCUCCGCCUCCAACGACUACGCUAAUCCGAACUACAUGAGCUUGAUGAUGGGAGAGGGACGACGCUCAAGGAAAAGCAACGAGUCAAAUCCGUACGAGGAGUAUGUCACAGCUGAUAUCUAGUCCUAUCUCCAGCUUACCCUCUCUCACAGUCAUCUCCAGCUGUUAUGUGGAAAUAUUUUAUAUUAUGCUGUUCAUCUGCGUCUCUUUCUCUUUCUUUCUCUUCCUUCCUCCCGUUUGUAUGUUGUCGUGGGGCCUUGUGGAAGCCUGUUCACCAACAUGCCGGCAUUGUGGAAGCCUGUUCACCAACAUGCCGGCAUUAUGGAAGCCUGUUCACCAACAUGCCGGCAUUAUGGAAGCCUGUUCACCAACGUGCCGGCAUUAUGGAAGCCUGUUCACCAACAUGCCGGCAUUAUGGAAGCCUGUUCACCAACAUGCCGGCAUUGUGGAGGCCUGUUC